AUGGAGUACCUACCGCGCGACCCGGCUCCUCGAACUCGGGUAUACAACCUCAUGGAUGAAGGGAUGUCUUUCAAGAUCACGGUCGCCCUUCGUGCAAGAAGGGUGGAGAAGUGGAUCCGCACCGUGAAGAGGGACUACCUCAACAACGCACCAAAGAAGUGCGUCGGCUUGGGCUACGAGUUCACCGACCCUCGCGAAGGUAAUCAGCGCGCCUCCGUCCUUCAACUCUCGGUGACGUCCGAGAAUUUGGUAUUCCAGAUUUGUCGGGUUGAUGAAGUGCCACAAGUUCUCAAGGAGUUCUUGCAGGACGAGACCAUAAAAUUCUUUGGCGCGGCUAUCGGCAAGGAUGUGGAAAUGCUGAGUCACCACGAUAUUCAUAUUACUUCUGUGUUCGACCUCCAGAAGAUACUCCAGAAUUCCACCAACAAUCCAAUUCUGAGUCUAUAUGAUCUGGCGAAUUCUAUCAUUAGGACAAAUCUUGAGAAGAAUAAGAGGAAGAAGUACAAGAAGAAGGACGUCGCGGAAGAAAAAGAAGAGGAACUGAUAUUUGGGUGGGCCAAUGUUCCAUUGAGCUACGAGAAGUGCGCUAUGCCGUCCUGGACCCUCGUCUGGGCUUCGAGAUGGCUAGGAGUUAUUGGAAGCUAG